AUGGCAGAAAUUGGAAUGAAUGCCAAUAUAUCUGAUGAGUACAUGACAUCCGCUUCCAAUCAACAGCUCAGAACCCUUAGAAGCUUUCCUAACGGAAGCAGAAACUGUUACAAUCUAAAAGUUGAAAUUGGAAAAACCAUUUUGGUCAGAGCAUCCUUCAUGUAUGGAAACUAUGAUGGCCUGAAUCUUACACCAACAUUUGACCUCUUCCUUGGGGUUCAGGAAUGGACCACAGUUAACUUUACUGGUCCGGAGACCAUUGUAAGGAAAGAGAUCAUACAUAUUCCCACCACAGAGGAUAUCGACAUUUGUCUUGUGAAAAAAGGUUCCACAAUUCCUUUUAUUUCAGCGUUGGAGUUGAGGCCCUUGCCAGAUUCUACUUACAACCUAACCACAUCCGAGUACUUAGUGCUCCUAAAGCGCACAGAUAUUGGUUCUACAACAAAUGGAUCAAUAUUCAGGUACAAUGAUGAUAUUUCUGACCGCAUCUGGAGCCCCCCUGAUUCUCCUAAUAAUGUGAAGCCAAUCAGUGAUGCGUCUAACAGAGGUUCCUUAGACGAUGGUGAUUACAAAGUGCCAAUCCCGGUUAUGGCAACUGCAGUCACAACAACAGCAGAUAAUGUUACUUCCUUGUCAUUCAAAUGGAAACCUGAAACCAAGAACUGUUAUGCCUACUUGCACUUUGCUGAAGUUGAGAACCUUCAGAGCAACGAGCUUAGAGAGUUUGACAUCUCAGUGAAUGAUGAGCUGCCAAUAGGUACUGUUACAGUUAAACCCUCAGACAAACCACAAACUUGGCAGAGCCCCUUUACCUUCACCGGAAAGGAUGUAGAGAUCAAAUUAAACAGGACUGCUAAUUCCACCCAUCCGCCUAUUCUCAAUGCUGUGGAGAUUUUUAUGUUAUAUAACUUCUCAAAAGUACCAACCGAAAGAAAUGAUGUUGAAGCAAUAAGGGGAAUCAGGGAAAGUCUAGGAGUUAAGAAGAACUGGCAAGGAGAUCCUUGUUUUCCUGCUGAUCUUCAUUGGGAUGGUGUGGAGUGUGAAGAUAUUAAGAGUAUCACCACUGUGAAUUUGCGCUCUUGGGGAUUGAAGGGGAAUAUACCAAAGUACUUUGGUAAUCUCACGUCAAUUGUAACUCUAGAUUUAUCCAACAAUAGCUUGGAAGGAGACGUGCCUGAUUUAUUAUUGCAUUUGCGGGACCUGAAGCUUUUCAAUUUAUCCUUCAACAAUCUCAGAGGUUCAGUUCCACCUGAGCUGAUAGAGAAAAAUGGCAGUGACGGAUUUCAUUUGUUUUUGGAUGGUAACCCGGAUCUUUGUUUGUCUGGAUCAUGCAAAAAGAAGCGGCCUGUCGCUGCAAUUGUAGCAUCCGUCACAGCAGUUGUUUUUGUCCUCUUGGUAGUGUUCAUUAUUUCAUGGAAACUCAAAAGAAUAAGGAAAGAACAUAUGCCUCUUGAGGAAGCUAGACCACUGGAGUCCAGAAAUAAUCAAUUCACAUAUUCUGAGGUAGUUAGUAUCACAAACAACUUUGAAAAAGUCAUUGGAAAAGGAGGUUUUGGAACAGUUUAUUACGGAUGCUUGAAUGAUGACACUGAAGUUGCUGUUAAGAUGCUUUCAGAAUCAUCAAAUCAAGGGUCUGAACAGUUCCAGGCUGAGGCCAAACUUCUAAUGACAGUUCAUCACAAAAACUUGACUUCUCUAAUAGGGUAUUGCAAUGAUGGCACAAAUAUGGGGCUUAUCUAUGAAUACAUGACCAAUGGAAAUCUAGAAUGUCAUUUAAAAGAUAGAAACAGAAAUUCCCUGGGGUGGGAACAAAGACUAAAAAUAGCAAUAGAUGCAGCACAAGGUUUGGAGUAUUUACAUGAGGGUAUUAAGCCACCUGUAAUCCACAGAGAUGUGAAGAGUAGCAACAUUUUAUUGGAUAGGAAGUUUUAUGCCAAACUUGCAGAUUUUGGGUUGUCAAAAGCUUUUAAGUUUGAAUCUAGCAGUGGAGUAACAACUGACAAAGUUUGUGGUACUCCAGGGUACCUUGAUCCAGAGUACUAUAUCUCAACAAGAUUAACUAAGCAGAAUGAUGUUUAUAGCUUUGGGGUUGUUCUCUUGGAGAUGAUCACGGGCCAAUCAGCAAUCAUUCGUAGAAACAAUGAAUGCAUCAUCCUUGUUAAAUGGGUGACACCAAUGCUUGAACGAGGAGAUAUCCAAAACAUUCUUGACCAGCAUUUAGGGGUUUAUGACAUUAAUUCUGUAUGGAAAGCUGUGGACUUAGCAAUGACUUGUGUAUCAAGCAAUCCCGAAGCUAGACCUAAUAUGAGCAGUACAGUGAUGGAUCUGAAAGUGUGUCUGAAAAUGCAGAUGGCAUGGUCCAAGAAGCAGGAGUCAAGAUCAGCAGAAUCUAUUGAGAUAAUUCCUCUGAAUAUUGGAACAGGACCUGGUCCCAGUGCGAGAUAG